AGCUCCAAGCUCGCCGACAACCCACGACAUUGCCUUGCGAAUUCUCCCAAACCCCUCCGACCCCUCCGACCUCCGACCCCGACCUGCGAACCCGACCUGUGAACGAUAUCAAUUUGUUCUCUCCGUCCGGAUUCUUCGUCUCUCACACAGAUACCCAACGAUUUCGAAAAUGGAAUUCGGCAACUCGGGCUCGCUGAGCGAAGAUGGCAUCCAUCUCGAUAUGGACCGGUUGAAGAAGGGGGAGGUCAACCUAGGCACCUCGAUCAUGGCAGUGACAUUCAAAGACGGCGUCAUCCUGGGGGCCGAUUCGCGCACAACAACGGGCGCCUACAUCGCCAACCGCGUGACCGACAAGCUCACCCAGGUACACGACACCAUCUGGUGCUGCCGGUCUGGGUCGGCCGCCGACACACAGGCCGUGGCCGACAUCGUCAAGUACCAGCUCGAGCUGUUCUCCAUGAUGAACGGCAAGCCGCCGACGACGCAGACCGCCGCCGCCAUCUUCCAAGAGAUCUGCUACGCCAACAAAGACCGGCUGACAGCCGGGCUCAUCAUCGCGGGCUGGGACGAGCGGCACGGCGGGCAGGUGUACAGCAUCCCGAUCGGCGGAUCGCUGCACAAGCAGCCCUACGCGAUCGGCGGGUCGGGCUCGACGUACAUCUACGGCUUCUGCGACGCGCACUGGCGCGAGGGCAUGGACGAGGCGGCCGCCGUCGACUUCGUCAAGGCCGCGCUCCAGGAGGCCAUCAAGUGGGACGGCAGCUCCGGCGGCGUCAUCCGCUUGGUCGUGCUGACCGCCAAGGGCGCCGACAGGCACCUGUACCUGCCCGACACCGGCUACAAGGUGCGGCAUCAGUGAUCGGUGCAGUCAGUU